ACAUGAGAUAUGUAACAAUGCUGGAAGGAAGAAGGGGAAAGGAAGAGUAAAUCAUUACUGUACUGUAUAACCCAUGUCUGAUCACAACUAGCUAUAGCCCAUCGUUAAUCUUCUCACUCACCUGCUACACUGUCAAGCCUCCCCUUGCGUGUGCAUCUUGCCAGACGCACUCCACUUGGCUGGGCCAGUUGGAAGCUGGUGGUGGUGCAGUGAAGGGGCUCCUAUAUUUAGAGCAUCAGAAAAUUAUUGCUGAAAGUGGAAGAUGUUUGAAUGUUGCAUUGUAUUGACUGAAAAUAUUUGGUUAACAUUGCUGGGCAAGUGAUAACUGAGACCUGUGAAUGAAUGUGAGCCAAGCAGUACACAGGAAAAUGUUCAGUACUGAUUAUUUCGAACAGUGAUUUUUUUUCUCUGUGGAAUCUCAAAAGACUGUUUUGAGGAAAUACUGUGCUACAUACCUUAGAGUCCUUAAAUAUAAAAUUACAAAAUUACACCAUAGUCAUGGAGUGUGAAGCAGCGGAAAUUUUGACUUCGGAUUAUGAUUCUAUGAACUUGAGUGUGACUUCUGUGUGCUCUGAUGCAGCGAGUGAGAGGAGCCAAGAGAGGGGAAAUGGGGAGACACUGUGGAGUGCUGAGCCUGCUGUCAAUGGCCACUCUCUUUCCCCUUCUGCCCACCACAAUGGAUAUUUGAAAGCCCCCAGCCCAGCCCCAUCCUGUGGCUCUACCAAAAGCUUUGGCUCAGGAAUUCGUAGGAGUAAUUCUAGAAGAGAAAUCCGCAUGCAUGAUGGGUAUGCACUUCCUUUGGAUGAACUGCGCUUGGCAUCCAUGCAGGGCAACCUCCCUGUGGUGAAGUCUCUGCUCAAACAAGGUAUUGCGGUGGAUCAGGUGCUGAAGGGAGGCUGGACUUGUCUUUUGUUUGCCUGCUCUUCUGGCCGCCCUCAACUGGUGGAGUAUCUUCUCCAGCAAGGAGCUGACCCAAGCAUGCACAAAGAGCUCUUCACACCCCUCAUGGCAGCAUGUGCAUCCAGCAGAGAAUCAGAAGAAGAACUGCUGGAGUGUGUGGAUCUGUUGCUUAACUAUGGAGCCAAGGUGGAUGUUGCUGAGCGUCACCGCAUGACUCCCUUGAUGUUUGCCAGCAAGGAAGGACGCAUCUCCAUUGUGCAGCGCCUCAUUAAUGCUAAAGUUGAUGUAAACAAGCAGGACAAUAGAGGGUGGAGUGCACUCAGCUGGGCAGCAACAAGGGGCCAUGGACGGGUGGUGAGGGUGUUGCUGCAGAACUCAGCAGACCCUACAAGAAUGAACACUCAUGGCCAGCGACCAGCUGAUAUUGCUCUUGCUGCUGGAUUUCCUCAAAUUGCAGACAUCUUAGAACGUUGUACUGUCCAGUGGCCAAAUGCUAGUGUUGAUAUCACAAGCCUGGCUGCUGCAGACAAGACCACAGCCACACUCCAGCCCUCAGCACUUAGCAAGAUGGCUGACACCUUUGGGGAGCUGGAGAUGGUACUGACUGGCCUCAAUCUUCCCCACAUGAUUCCCAUCUUCCAGCAACACCAGGUGACAUUUGAUGUCUUUCUUCGGCUGUCAGAAAAAGACCUUGAGAACAUGAACAUAACAGCUGUUGGAGUGCGCAAGAGUAUUCUUCAAGCCAUAAAAGAAAUAAAUAAGAAAGAAUGGCAGACAUCAAGCCUUCCUAAUGUAGCCCUCAAUACCCACAUGACGCUUCCAGAGUGUGCGGCCAUCAUGAGCAACAUUAAUAAACACAUCCGCUACAUGCAUGCCACUCUGGGUUACUUGAGGGACCAGCUGCAGGCUGACCCAAGAAUUCUGCAGCUAGGACAGGAAAUCCACACAGUGACCAGCCUUGCCUCUCAGUGUGGUGAUGCCCUCAAACACCUCAGAGGCUUCAGUGAAGAAGUGAAGUUCCUGAAGUGCCAUUUAGAUAAGGUAUCCGGAGAUGCUGAACAUACCCCAGCUGACUUGAUUGUGGAGUGUGCCAGGAGUGGGCGAACAUGGCAGCGGCACUUGCUGGCCUCCCUGGCCACCACCACAGCCCUGGCCACAGUCAUCUGGUAUUCCCGGCCUGGCUUCUUUGCUCAAAUAUUUAAUCUUUAUUCCCCACACAACACAGUCACUCUUGAUGUUUAGUCUUCACAGCUUGGUGUUGUGUGCAGGUAGUUGAGUCUGGAAGUCAUGUGAUAGUGAGAGGCUUUAAAAUAAAGACUUGAGUACUAUGAUUGUAGGAAAGAAGAUUCAGCAAGCUGAAAUACUUUUGCAUACAUUAUUGUGAAAUCUAUGCAACCUUGCAUUUAGGUAUUAGAAAACUUAUUGAUUUACAUGUAAGGGUUAGUUUAUUUAUUUAUUUGUUGCUAUUAUUCAUAUUUUUAGUUAAUAGGGAUUUACAUGCAUGGUUGUCUUUUUUUCAAUAGUUUAUAUCAGAAGAUGGUUUAUUUUUGUAAACACCGUGUCAUUUUUCUCUUUCAUCUGGUGGAUCCCUAUCAUUGUCCUGUGAAAAGCAACUGAUAAUUGCUUGUCUCUAAAUGUGAUAGCCAUAUACUUACUGUGUUCAAAAGUAGAGUUCCUUUACAGUAGUGUAUAGUUCUUAUAGUAUUCUGUGAAGAUUUACUAGAUCUAAGAAAAGCACCUCAUACUGCAGAAUGCAGAAUCUUGUGCAAUCCAGUUAAUUUGAUACACACUAAUGUAUUGUAAUGAAUGAGGGACUUGAAUGUACACUUAUAUAUAUGUAUAUAUAUAUAUAUAUAUAUAUAUAUAUAUAUAUAUAUAUAUAUAUAUAUAUAUAUAUAUAUAUAUAUAUAUAUAUGAAAUAAUGCCAAGAUUUCUUUCAGGUACACUGUAAUGCCAGCAUGGCCAUUCAGGGAAUUCAAACAAAUUAUAUCUUUGUUACAAAACAAUAUCUAUUCUUUCCAUUGCCAUCACUUCAUGAUUACCAAGUUUGCAAGCUGCUAAAAUACAAUUAAAAUUAUGUACAUCAAAUAUCAAUAAAAAUGAUAACAUCAAUUUAGUGGAGGUAAUGCAUAACAGGAAUCUGCUGUUAAUUUAUACAUGAAAACACACAUUUUUCUCAUAGUCCAUCAGAUGAGAAAUUACAACUACUAGGUAAAAUGGAAUGAUUUAAAAAAAAUGUAACAAAAGAUGUACUAAAAAGAGUAAAAGUAAAGACAUUCAGUCUGUAGACACUUGUAGCCUUAGUCUUGCACUUAAAAAACCUGACUAGACGGAUGUGGCUGACCACACAGGCUGUGUGCUUCAUCCUGGCAACCUUCAUGACAGGGCAAUAUGAUGAGUACAUGACAUUACAGUGCUGAUCUUUUUUGUACACUUGUGCAAGGAAAUGUUGACAAUGAAUACAAUGAGUACAUAAUGCAGUAUAUGAUGGUCAUGUUACUCACUGCAGAGUUCACAAAACAAGAUGUAUUGAUGUUGUCUCUUCCACAACAGUAUCUGAAUGUUUUUUUUUUAAUUAUUAUUUUCAUCCUAUGUUGUACUAAAAUUUGAAAAAAAAAGAAAAAAAAAAAAAAACUUCAUCAUUGCAUCAUGAUUAAAACCUAAUACUUUAUUGCAGAAAAUUGGUAACAUUACAAAUAUUUAACACUUCCUUGUAAAGAUGCAUCUUUGCAUACCACGUAUAAAGCUUUCUUCCCCAAGCAGACUGCAACUGAAACAUCCUCAAAUAUUCUUUAAAUGAAAAUGCUAGUUUAGAUAAUUGAAAAGAAAACUUGAAUGAAUGGGAAGCAAAGCAGCAGCACCAAACAACAGCUUGCUGUAUUUUACGUGUCACAAAUAAAAGGCAUUGGUUCAACAUUGA